AAAGGAUGUAUCAUUUCUUGCUCAGCGGUUUAGGCAUCUUGACUGACAGCUGAAAAAUCAUCUGUUGCGAAAUUAGCUAGGUAAACCAGGAAGAGAUCAAAGUGAAUCCUGAAAGAUUUCUUGGUGCUGUGUUCAACAGUUGUGUUGUAAUCUGUUACAUUGCUUUAUUUAUGAAGACAUGAAAUUGACUUUCUUCAUACAAAAAUAUCUUCUGCAACAGUUUGGUUUGAAUAACAUUUAUUCACUUACAAUAUGUACAUGAUGCCCCCAGGACCAUAUCACGACAUUUUUGAGUCGGAUAAUAGAAAUUGUAGUAUAGAAAAUGCAAGGUUCUUGCCAAUUAUGUCUGAGGAAAACAAUAGUGCUAAAAUCAAGUCUUUUGCUGACAUGGCUUGUGGAUGCCUUCCCCCAAGUUCGGACAGACAAGAACCGAAAAAAGGAUCAUCUUUUAUGAUCGAUAAUAUAUUGGGAAACAACCAAGAAACCCAACGUUCUUCAAAUAUUUCUAUAAGUCCUCAUAAGGUAAAAGAGCGUGGACUAAUUUCAUCUGUUCCAGAAUCACAAGAAAAUUGUCACCGUCACUCGGACUCCGUAAUUCAAAUGCCUCAUCGAAAACCAAUAAAGCCUACGCCUUUGUGGUUGGGCUCUUCACUUUGCACCGGAAACUCAAGAAUUGGAUAUUUUUCACCAAUUGUUUCGACUCCCAUGCUGUAUCAGAAUUCCAAUCAGAAUAUAUUUUCAUUUCCCACCUGUUUGAAUGACGAGAGGGAGGACAUUCUUGGUGUAAAUGAACACUAUUUUCGUGCUGCUAUGAUUCGCUCCAGAACUCUUCACGAUCCAUCUAGUCAUAUGCCGAAUCCAACAAGUGUCAUCCCAUCUUCUAUUGUAGCUUUAGCGGGUCCAAAUCUUGAAUGCCCUGGAAACCGAACGGUGAUAUGGAAGCAUGUGAUGCAUCGGCAUACUCCUAAGAGAAAAGGCGGCCAGAUCCGAUUUACUUGUGAUCAAACAAGAAAAUUGGAAAGGAUGUUCUCGACGCAAAAGUAUUUAUCACCGACAGAAAGGAAGCGUCUGUCUUCAGCUUUAAAACUAACUGAACGCCAGGUGAAAACUUGGUUCCAAAACCGGAGAGCAAAAUGGAGAAGAAUGAAACAAGAAUAUUCCAACCAUAUGUCGAACUUGAAUCCGGAAGAAGGUCUUGCCAAUCAGCAGCUUUUAAAUGGGGAAAUUAAAUGUCCUGGACAAGAUAGUUCUUCUCCUAGUCCUUGAGUCAGGAGAUUAUAUUCUGCGUUUGAAAUGUCGUUAGUUGUUGUGAAAAAUUUAGUGGUAGAGACAUGCAAAAAUUCAUCGA